AUGCAUUCCUCUAUCCCGCCGAACGCAUAUGUGGCGCUUAAGCUGCCGUCAGACUCCACGAAGAUCCUCCAGACAACACCCCAUUCGAAUAUAUCACUGGGCAAGUAUGGCUCGUUUCCAUGCAAUCAAAUAAUUGGACGCCCGUUCUACGCGACUUUUGAAAUCGCAGACCACCCGGACGCCGACGGACAUGUCCUGCGCAUCGUCCCAGCAACGGAGCUACAUACCGAAGCUCUACUGGCCGACGGCGAGGGUGAUGGUGAAGCUGAAGGCGAUACAAAUACACCGUCCAUUCCAGUUCCGCAGGAAGAUAACCGAAAUAUAAUCGACCAGGGUAGCACACAGCAGUUAACGAUGGCACAGAUCGAGGAACUUAAACAAUCUUCUACACACGCGGGGAGGGAGAUUAUAGCAAGAUUACUCGAAUCGCAUUCUGCCCUGGACCAGAAGACGCAGUUCUCACGUGCAAAGUAUAUGCUUAGGAAACGGAAGAAAUAUAUGCAUCGUUUUACGGUCGUGCCGAUGGAUGUGGGCUUGUUGACCGAGUGGGUGAUUGAGCAAAAGGUUCCAGGGCGAAUUAUGGAGCUGCGAGAUGAAGUUUUGGGCCUGGUUGGGGCCUGGGCUAAUGUUCAUUAUGGGGGUGAGAGUGAAGUUGCCACUGAUAAUGCAGGGAAAGUAGACGAGGUGGUUAAGCGUGCACGAGGGAGGUGGCUAGUUGUGGAUGACACAGGCGGCUUGGUGGUGGCCGCCAUGGCCGAGAGGGCGGGUAUACUAUAUCCUCCAGAGGUGCUAUCAGGUGAAGGGUUUGACAGUUCUACAAGGCAGCCAGCGAAACCUACACUAUCUAUGGAGGAUGAGACGCCUGCUGAAGGGGUAUCUGCUUCUCACACAACACUAACGGUGAUCCAUCCUAAUCUACAGCCUAACCUAAGUAUGCUAAAAUACUUUUCCCAUGAUGUCAACGAGCCAUCCGAAACUCAUCCGCUGUCCACUCACUUGAAAACGCUUUCGUGGUUACAGCUUCUGCAUCCGUCUGAAGACGCAAUAUAUGAUAUGGUGCCACCCGAAGUCACCGAAGAGGAGCUCGCGAGCUGGAAACCAUCGAAGCGAGGAAUGCAUUUCAAAAAGAAACGGCGCUGGACCAGGGUACGUAAUGUGGUUGACGAAACCAGAGCGGGCGGGUUCGAUGGCCUUAUCGUCGCAACUUUAAUGGAUCCUGCAUCUAUACUUAAGCACACGGUGCCGCUACUGGCAGGGUCAGCACAGGUGGUUGUUUAUUCGCCAUACGUUGAACCGUUAGUUCAGCUAGCCGAUCUAUACUCAACCGCACGCAGGACCGCGUAUAUCACCUAUAAGCGAGAGGUGGCAGAAGGGGCCGCAGAGGAUAAGGAAGAAGACUUUCCUGUUGACCCGACGCUGCUGCUAGCGCCAACGCUACACACGUCUCGCGUACGGGCAUGGCAAGUUCUUCCUGGACGAACACACCCUCUUAUGACAGGCCGGGGCGGGGCGGAGGGGUACGUCUUCCAUGCAGUCAGGGUAUUACCUGCUAUUGGGAAGGUGGAAGCUCGAGGCGUGCAGGCGAAGAAGCGACGGAAGCUAGCUGAUGAGACCGAGACGUCAUGA